GAAUAGACUGCGCGAGUAUUUGAUGUGCGUGGGAUAUUCUAUUCACAAUGUGCGAGAAAAUUAGAUUACGCGAAACUAACAAAAACGAAUAACUCGUGUAUGGUGGCCCAUGGCUGCCAUGCAAAAAAAAUAAACAAAUAUCAAAACAAUUUCAUUUCAAUUUCAAAUCGAACUCAUCUUAAUUUCAAAUCAAAAUUGAAAUCAAAUCAAAAUAAAUUUACUUCGUUUAAAUUCGAUUUAAAAGUAAAAGUUGCUCUUUGGUUGCGUGUAUGGGAUUCAAAUUCCAAACCAGAAUUGAUCGGUAAAUGGUAUUUAGAGCACUUAUGUAAAACAAACAUCAUCCCUGCAUAUAUUCGCAUCGACAAGGGAACAGAAACUGGCGUUAUGGCCACAAUGCAAUCAUACUUGAGAAGAAAUUGCGAAGACCUUGACGAUCCCACUGAAUCAGUGUGCUAUGGACCAUCAACUUCAAAUCAAAUUGAACGUUGGUGGAAAGAGCUCCACGAGAGACUUGAGAAAUAUUUCAAGGAUGGAUUACAAUGGCUGAAAGAAGAAAGACAUUAUGACCCACAUAAUGAAGCAGAUAGGAAUAUUAUGAAGUACGUUAUGAUACCACUUAUCCAGAGAGAAUUGGACGAAUUUCGAGAAAUCGUGUGGAACACUCAUCGCAUAAGGAAACAAAAAAAUACCAUUUUGCCUGAUGGUAUACCAAACCACAUAUACGAUUUUCCACAAGAAUAUGACUUAUUGGAAUGUGGUUUUCCUGUGAACGACAAAGAGCUGGAAGAUGUAGCAGACUUAUCAAAUGUACUGAGUGAAACAACUGAAGAUUACAUUGAUGAAGCAUUCAGAAAUAAAUGUCAAAACAUACUGCCAGAUCCUGCAAAAAUCUCCGCAACCAAAUAUGUAGAGUCUUAUUUACUGUUGAAAAAUAACAUUACAUAACUUUAUCAAUGUUGUGAAGAAAUUUUUGCUAUGUGACAAAAAUUGUUACAUGCGUGCUGAGCGAAAAAGUUUUCCUUUGCAAGCGUAGAUAAGUUCCCCAUUCAAAACAAAAGUUCGUCAUUUUCAUCAUAGCUACUUUUCAUAGUAGCAAUUUCAGGAUCAUAUAAUGUUAACCCCGAACCUUGUAUGUCCACCAGCAUAAGUGUUUCCUUGGAUUUCACAUAAGAAAAAUGAGUUAAACACUCUGCCAUUUCUUGGUUAAACAAAAUAUUUCCAGGCGAUAUACUUCCAUCCUUAUUUAUAUAUUUACUGAACUCCCCAUCUACGUAUCCUUCUAUUGUCACAAUUUCUGAUUCGACACCAAGUCUUCCGAAUGAUGCUGUAUUGUAUAACAUCUUGGGCCCAAUAUAACCACCUUCAAAGAGUGCUUCACUGAGUUGCAAGGCAAAAUUUGCAGCUAAAGCAUGCAUUUGGACAGCUUUUCGUGCAUGACAUUCAGAACUUUCCUUUAUUUGUUUCAAAUCGUCAAGGCUGCUUUCUAAAUAUCGUUUGAUGACAAACUUUUUUUCACUUUUCGAUCCACUCAUUUUCCCAAAAUAUGCUGCUCUAAACCCACCAGUAGCAAAUGGAUUUUCUUCAACAGUUAUGUAAUGCUUUUCUGGCAGAGUCCAUGACAUCGUUUUUAUAGAAAAAUCACACAUUUCCACUUGUUCACUACUGCCAUUAUAUUUGGUUAUCACUUUUCCCAGUUUCAUCAUCGUAGAAACUUUUAAACUUUUGGCUACAGAAAUCGACUUUGCUGGAAGUUUACGUGAUUUCAAGACUUGAGGCAAAGAUCGUGAUACUACUGAUGAACUUGCUGUUAAAGAAUUGAUACUUGGUUUGUACGUUCCCGUUCCAGUUGUUGCACUUGAGGUGGUCUGUGAUUCAAUGUGGUCUUUGAUGAAUCUGAUGUUAAUGACUUUGAGAUUUGAAAGAUGACUCAUUUUAGUGCAUGAUGGACCUCUGUCACUUGCUAAUAUGUCGCAAGUCAUACCAGCUGGUAAUCUGUCUUUAAAAUAUUUGUUACAGGCUUGUUUGAUGUUUGGUAUGGUUACUUCUUCAAAUGCGAACUCCACAAAUUCUUGUGGGCCAGUUCGUUCGUAUUUUUUUGCCUUACCACUAGUGUCACUUUCUAGGGGCUGUACAGUUAAUUCGUUAGUUGUUAAUAUGUGACUUCCAGCUGAUUCAGAGGAUGACGUUCUCUUAAUUUUACAAUCUUUAUUAAACUUCUGCCAUUGCUGGUGUUUUUCUUUUCGUUUUCUGUCAGCCAUAUUGUAAAGUUUAGCGUGGUUUGUUAUUAGUCAUUUCUCAAAACAUCAAAACAUCGGCAUUAUAAGUCAUGUCUCAAAAUAUCAAAACAUUGGCAGCGAUGGGCUAAGCAACGAAAUGAAUUCAAUUUAAUUUGAAAAGCAAAGUCGAUUUCAAAAGCAAAAUCGAUUUAAAAUUAAAUUGAUAACGCGUGUGGCAGCGAUGGGCCAAUAUCAAAAUUGAAUUCAUUUUGAUUUUGUUUACAAAGCGAUUCGAUUUAUUUUGAUUAUCAUAUGAAGGUGAAUUGAGUGUCAAUAUGAAAAUAAAGUAAUAACAAAAACGCGAUGGCAGCCAUGGGCCACCAUACUCGUGUUAAAAUUUUGUACCCCCUUUUCCCACAGAAUGAUAAAAGUAAAGAGCGCAUUACAAAAUUACACUUUUAGCAGUAUUCCGAAAGAUAUGUAAUACAUCGAGUUGUGCAACCCGCAGAAGUUGGUCCUAACGUUAACGA